AUGAGCGCCCGGCGAUCACGUCGUUCAACCAAGACCAUGGAUAAGGAUGUGAAUCUGUCAGUAAUGAUAGUUAGACUUAACAAUAGCUCACUUUGUUACUUUUCACACCUGUUAGACAGUUUAGAGGAUGUAGAUACUACAAGAAAAACAAAUAGAGCAAGAAAUAGUCUUUUGACAAGUACACCUGACAAAAGGGAAUCGACAGAAAUGGAGAGACGGUCAUCAAGCUCCACUCGAACAGUAAAACGACCAAGUCGACAAGUGAACGAUGACUUCAACGAUAGCAAUAAUAACCUGGAAACUGGCGAGCAAUCGAUUCAUUCCAAAAGUCCGAUUUUAAAUCAUAAUACUUCGAUGUUUGACGAUAAACCCAAACACUUGUAUGGUAAGUACAGGAAUUCUUUUGUGCAUCACAAAACUCAUUGUGGAUACAAUUUCAAUUAUGAACAGCAACAACAUGAAGAGGAUGUAGCUGAGAUCAAACUCUUAAAAAACCGGAUCAGUAAACUGGAACAAAUGCAGUCAAACCAGGGUCUAAAGACGGCUCAAGAUCAUACUUACCAGAAAGUUUUUCUACGUGAUCAGACAGUCCAAUGUGAUGUACAACAAUCGGGAGAAUUAAUGGAACAAGCACUUCGGCGUUGGGAUGCUGACAAGAUUGGCAUCCCUGAUUAUGCGUUAGAAUCCUCAGGUGGUCAGAUACACAGUUCAUAUCACUCUGCUACAUUUGCCAAUGGAGCUCCUCAAGUGUUGGUGUUUGGUGUUCCUCUCUGGUAUGACGUCAAGACACCAAGGGUGGUUAUUCAGCCUGGAAACAACCCUGGAGAAUGUUGGGCUUUUCAAGGAAGUGCUGGCUUUGUCGUGAUCAAGCUUUCUCAGAUGAUCAAACCUUCUUCGUUCACGUUGGAGCACAUGGCAGCAUCUCUGUCCCAGUUUGGCGAUCAAAGUAUUCCAAGCGCUCCCAAAGAGUUCUCUGUCUGGGGCUGGAGUGAUGCUCAUGGUAACGAGAAAACACUGCUUGGCGAGUAUGUUUACGAUCAUAAAGGAUACGCUCUUCAGAGUUUCCCAGUUCAGGCCAGCACAGUCCCAGAAUUUCGAUUUAUUGAACUAAGAGUGCAUUCCAACUAUGGGAACCCUUCCUACACUUGUCUGUACAGAUUUCGAGUCCAUGGUUUGCCUCACAGAAGCAAUACUGACUAACCUACUUUCCACUAAAUUGUGUUACGUUGUAAAUGUAUUAAACAUCUAAAAUAAUAUAGUUUAAAAAGAGCGAUGUCGCGUUAUAUAAGAACGUUGUAUUUUGCGAUGUGUGAAAAAAGAACUUCACAAUAAUAGUUAACUUAUGUAGAGAAACUUGGAUAUAAUAAUUUACCAAAAGAAAAAAGAAAAAGAAAAAACAACGAUGGUUAAAGGGCUAGUGCCUCGGCUGAUAGAUCGUGUUUUAAUAGGUAUGCUGGGAGCUUGCUUUGAACUCGCUUUAUUAUCUUGCAGUAGAAAAGUAAAACGCAAAGAAAUAUCUACUUGAAAGGAAAAAAAUGCCUGGGAACGAGGCUGUUUACUUGUAAUUCUAUGCUUCUUCCCCCCAAAAAAACUGGGUCUAUUGUGCUCUGCCCGAGCUUUUUGUUCAGAUAAUGUGUACAUCUGGUGAAUUAGACUAUAAUACUAAUGUUAGGAUAGUGAGAACUUCGAAUUCCGAUCAUCAGCCUUGGGCACUGCCCCUUUAAGACUGGGGAAGACUGAGACAAUUUCAAACAGCGAGGUUAGUUUGGCUGUAGGUUCCCUUGGCACAGUACAAUCAAUUGCGUUUUGUAAAAAGGCAGAUUUUCAUCGUUUCUACAGACUACAUUUUCAAAUGCCUGUUCAAUUUGGAGGAUCUGGAAAACUAAAAAUUGAGGCUAAAUAGGUCUUGUUUUCGAGGAUAAAAAUUAAAAUUUUACAAGUAAACGCCGUUGUUUUGAUGUAUUUGUUGCAUAUUGACCAUAGAAUCAUCUAGUUCAUCAAGAUUUCGAAUGAACUAACUCACAACAUGAAAACAACAAAAAAAACGUCAGACGUUGCCAUGAUUCUCAAGCAAAUCCCUCCGAGCUCGAAGCAUCCUCUGCAAUAAUUGCCUCCCACAAAAGAGGAUAAGAGAGUUAAUUUCCCAUACGCAUCUGAUAUAAGUCUUAUUUUCAAGGUAAUCCCUCAAGUUAUUUUUAGACAUGGCACCCAAUUCGUUCGCGGAUAAUGUAACCACGCGCGUUUCGCGGAUGUUUUCGUUGAGUAUGAAAAUGCGUGUAAAGUCGCUUGGACUGUCCACGGAAGUCAAACCCACGCACCAGGAUUGGCUAUUUCUAGAUCCUGAACCGAAGUGACCUGAGAAUAACUUCAGAGGGAUUAUCCUAGGAAUAAAGCCUGUAUUGGAGAUUACCUCUCUUACUCUUUCUUCAUCCUGUCUUGUCUCUCGUCAUGUAAAACUGAAGAGGGAUAGAAGUAUGUUAUUCUCCGACUUUUACUGGCAAUUUUUCGACAAACGCACAUUAACAAAUUGACGUCAG